GCUUGGAGCUUUCGGCACUCACCCGGCUAUGGCAGCCCCUGUGCUUUCCGCGGGCCAGGCGACCUGGAAGACCCUGUCUGCAGAGGAGCUGGAGAAGCAGUACUCCCCCAGCAGGUGGGUCGUCCGGAUGAAAGCAGAGGAUGUUGUCAACGCCUUCGUGGAGACUGGAAUCCAGGCCACCAGGAAGGCCCGGGCCACCAGGAGAAAUCAGCUGGAUGUCCCCUAUGGUGAUGGCGAGGGGGAUAAAAUGGACAUCUACUUUCCUGAUGAGGAUUCCAAGGCUUUCCCCCUCUUCCUGUUCUUUCAUGGAGGAUACUGGCAGAGCGGAAGUAAGGACGUCUCGGCCUUCAUGGUGAACCCGCUGACAGCCCAAGGGGUGGUCGUGGCUGUAGUGGCUUAUGACAUUGCACCCAAAGGCACACUGGACCGGAUGGUGGACCAGGUGAUCCGCAGCAUUGUGUUUCUGCAGAGGCGGUAUCCGAGCAACGAGGGAAUCUACGUCUGUGGACACUCUGCAGGAGCUCACCUGGCUGCCAUGGUGUUCUUUGCCAGCUGGACGAAGCAUGGUGUCGUGCCCAACCUCCAAGGCUUUCUCCUGGUGAGCGGGAUCUAUGACCUGGAGCCCAUCAUAGCUACCUCCCAGAAUGACCCACUGCACAUGACCCUGGAAGAUGCUCAGAGAAACAGCCCACUUCGGCGCUUGGAGGUGGCUCCAGCGAGGCCUGUGGGUCCGGCCUGUCCUGUGCUAGUAGUUGUGGGUCAGCAUGAGUCCCCAGAAUUCCACCGACAGUCCAGGGAGUUCUAUGAGACGCUGUGCCGCUUGGGGUGGAAGGCCUCUUUCCAGCGGCUGCGUGGUGUGGAUCACUUUGACAUCAUAGAGAACCUGACCCAGGAGGAUGCUGAACUCACCCAGAUCAUUUUGAAAACAAUCUUCCCGACGCUCUGAGGAUACCUGGUCUCCAACCUGUGUGUGCCUCAGAAAACCUCCAGAAAAGAGCUGACUGCCACCUAACACCCUGCUGUGAACACACCUCUGCUUUGUCUCCCCCACCCGGAUGGAGCUCCAGGAAGGCCUGCAGAUUGGCACUGGGACAUGCACACAGCCACCACCUGGCCAAGUCUGCCCCGCUGCCGCUGACAGGGCGUGACAGUCCGCUUCUGGCUUGCUGGCUAUGCAUUUUGCGGUAUCAGUGUGAACUGGCUGGGGCUGGGGCUGUCACCCAGCCCCUAUCUCCCACUACAAAAGAGGGCAGGGUCUGGAGAAGGAAUGAAGAGAGACCAACCAACCAACCACUGGGUCCCACAGCUCAAUGGUAGAAUGCUUGACCAGCAUGCAUAGGAUCCUGGGUUCAAUCCCUGGUAUAAAGGAGCGGGGGGGGGGGGGACAGAGAGAUAAAGAGUCAUGUUCACCUGAAUCCCAACACAGAGGCAGGAGGAUUGCACGUGAGUUCAAGGUCAGCCUGGGCUACUAGCAAGACCCUGUCUCAGAAAGAAAAAGGGCUGCUGAGAUGGCCCAGCAGGGGCGAGUGCUGGCACCACACUGAUAGCCUGUGUUUGGCCCUGGGGACCCAUGUGGAAGGAAACAGCGCCUCCAGAUUACCCUUUGACUGUCAUAUGUAUAUACCUCAGCUACACACCUACACAUACAUGAAGAUGACAGUAAUAAGAAGCCCGUGCUUGUGCCUGCUGUACAGAUGAACACAGGAUUUUCUUAGACCUGCAGCGAUCCCAGAGAGGCCACCUGCACGAAGACCCGUGCAUGACGGGCUCUGCCAGACCUGACUCCUGCAGCCCGCCCCGUAGCCACUGGAACUUCUGAUGUGGGUGUUUCUACUUCGUUUUCAAAGCUUCCCCAAACUGGACAUGGUGGGGUGUGCCAGGAACCGUAGCGGCAAGAGGGUCUUUGGACACACAUCUAAUUUAGACUCUGGUUCUCUCUGUCUAGUUCGCUUUUACGUUGCAUUUAAGACAGAAUCCCACAGAUGAGGCAACAAGGUGCUCUGAUAGGGGCAAUUCCUCCACCAAGUUUCCCUACCCAGGCGUAUGUCUAGACUUGCGUGAAGUUGACUGCCGACGCUAGCUAUGGCAUCUCAUAUCCUGAGAGCUGGAAGAAACGAACCCGCAUUCUCUGUUAUCCCUUCUCACCCUUCUCUGCUACACUGGAGGCUCACGCAGAGUGGAGAAUCCGCACGCUUUCUCUCAAAAUCAUUGCCUUGUGUGAGCCAGUUCCCUUCUGGGCGGACAAGCUAAGCCCCCGUUGCCUUCUAUCACUCACUGGGGACAGUGCUACUAGCUGCCCCCGCUGUUUACUUUCAGUUCUGUCUGCUUUUGUUCAGGCAUCAUGGUAUCAUGUGACUGUUCCUGAGGCCAUAUGGCCAGAUGUCUCCUCACCCCAGAAAGGGCACCACCACCAGCAGAGCAAAGAUGACCCCACCAAGUCUAGUGACCCGGUGAGUUUCCUGGGUCACCGACAGGAGUGUGGUUGUCUCUCGGGCAACUGUGUCCCUGAAACACCCCUGCAGCAUGGGUAGCAACUCACAGAGCUUCAUUCCUGGGGCUACUGCACGUGGCUGUGUCUGGUCUCGGUUUAUUUACUGCUUCAAUAAGUUUGGAGCAGGCCUUGCA